GGCUCCAGUGACGCGACUGGUCAGUCCACGACGGGAUCGCGACGACGAUGUGGCGGCGCCUCAUUCGACCCGGCACGGCCGUGGCCGCCUCCGCUUCGGCGGCCUUCGCAGUCCAUGCGCCGAGCCGAUGUGAUGACAAGGAUCCACCGCACCCUCCGCGGUAUCCGUUCUGGGUGAAGUCCGUCUUUCAUGCGCACGAGAUCCCCAGCGUUCGACGUGGCUAUGAAGUGUACCGCCAGGUGUGUGCCACGUGCCACUCCAUGAAACAGUUGCACUUUCGCCACCUGUCCAACUUUGUGUUGCCGGAGAAGCGCAUGAAGGAAAUCGCCGCGUCCUACGACGUGGUGGAUGGGCCUAACGAUGAGGGCGAGAUGUUCACGCGCCCGGGCAUUCUGGUGGAUGCCUUUCCAUCGCCGUACCCCAACGAGGAAGCCGCGCGCUACGCGAAUGGCGGCGCCAAUCCUCCGGAUUUGUCGGUCUACACCACCGCCAAACACGAGGGCUUGGACUACAUUUUUGCACUCCUGCUGGGCUAUCGUGAUCCCCCCGCGGGGAUCGAGGUCCGUGAUGGGCUCUACUACAACGUCUACUUCCCUGGAGGAUUGAUUGGCAUGCCCAAUCCGCUGCACUCCGAUGGUCUCGUCGACUAUGAGGAUGGAACUCCAUGCACAAAGUCUCAGAUGGCCAAGGACGUGGUGAACUUCCUGUGCUGGGCUGCGGAACCGGCGCACGAUGAGCGGAAACUGAUCGGCUUGAAGGCCGCGUCCGCCUGCCUAGUUGGCACCUUCAUUGUGGGCUUCUGGUACCGCAGCAUGUGGAUCGGGUGCGCCCGGUGGAGGAUCCGACCGGAGGACUUCUUCGGCUUCCCCGAAAGCUUUGAGACCAUGGGAAGCAACACUUGAGGUUCAAGACCCGGCGUAUCGAUUUCACCAAAGCCGUGAUGUGAGCGAUGCCCGCGGCAAGAAGGGGUCGCCUGAUUUGGGAGCACCUGCAUGUUCAUCAGAACAGCCCACGAAAGUCAGCCAUCUGGAGGAAAUGCAAUCAAACACAUCAUCACAUCAUCAAUUCCUAAUUACACAAAGCUGCAUUCCACUCUGCACUACCACACAGACGCGCUGAAGAAGG